GUUUUUCUCCACCGCUGGUUCGAGGUAGCGUCAAUGAAUUACGAGGUGCAUUAAACUAUAUAAUGUACAUAACCUCAUGCUAUCAGCGCCUUAUCGAGGCGCACAGGCUUUACUUUGGACUCUAUAUGAUAAGACACUGUCCCGUUAACGGGACUUUAACAGGGACAAAGUGUGUCGCGCUGUCCCUGCGAAGGAAAUAGCAAGACUUCACUUCCUUUACUUCCUUUUUCUUUUUUUUCUUUUUUUUUCGCUCAAACGGAAAGCCACGCACUUCUUUUACAGGUUGAAUAACUGCGGAUCAGAUGAUGGAAAGUCCAUUCGGAAUAUUCCUGAGACGUAAUUAUGACAAGUUGUCCUUGUUUUAAGCCUUAAGAAAACAGAUACUACUUUGCAAAGUUACGUAACUGGUCGAUGUGUCCUUUAAUUCCUGUUUUUCAGGAAGUAGCUUUCAAAUAAAUUAAUGGCUUUAUUUAAAAGGGUUUUUAUGGCUUAUUACACAGUGAUAUCCGUUUAUGCAAUGUCCUGUGGGGCAACGGGUCUAGCACUGAAUAACAGGAGGGAAAAAUUAAUCAUCAACUAAAACGCAGUCAGGUUUUAUUGGCUGUUUAAGCUCAAGCCUGCAGCAGGUUGGACUUCUCUGGGAAGAAAUAAGUGAGUUGCAUGUCCUCUGUGGGCAAGCUUUGGCUCUAUAGAAACACCGCAUCAUCAGGAAACCUGCUUUUGAUUGCUGGCACGUACAACCUGUACAAAAGGCAAGAUGAAUUUGGAGGAAUACUUCAAAAGAAUUGGUUUCCAUGGCUCUUUAGAUAAACUGGAUCUCGCAACACUGAAGCUGAUCCACAAACAGCACGUCAUGUCAAUUCCGUUUGAAAACCUCAGCAUUCAUUGCGGUGAGGAGAUCAUCAUGGACCUUGAGGUCAUUUUUAAUAAGAUAGUGAGGAGCAGUCGUGGGGGUUGGUGCUUUGAGAACAACUUCCUGUUUGGCUGGGUGCUGCGAGAAAUGGGCUACGACACAACGACCUUGGGCUCCAGAGUUUUUAACAGUAUCCUCAAUGAUUUUGGUGUCGCUGAAAGUCAUCUUAUCAACAAGGUCAUCAUUGAUGGAAAGGCUUACAUAGCAGACGUAAGCUUUGGGGUGUCGUCCCAAGUGUGGGAGCCGCUAGAGCUCAUCUCUGCAAAGGACCAACCUCAGUCAGCGGGUGUCUUUCGUCUCAUAGACAAAGGAGACAUCUGGGUGCUGGAGAAGACUAGCAGGAAGCCAGAGGUUCUCAAUCCAGACUUUGCCAAGUCAAGUCUAGUGUACAAGAAGGAAACGAAGCCGAUCUACGGCUUCACCUUGAAACCUCGUGAGGCCCAUCAUUUCUUUGAGAUAAACCGCACACUUCAAACAGAUCCUUCUUCACUGUUCACCAAUAAGUCCAUCUGCUCUCUGCAAACACCAACAGGAUUCAGAGCCCUGAUUGGUUGGACAUACAGUGAAACGAUCUUCAAGCCUGAGGAAGGUGUUGAUGUCUUAGACAUGAGGAACAUAACAGACGAUGAGAUAGAGCAAAUUCUGAGGGACAAGUUCAAUGUAAAGAUGCAGAACAAAGUAAAGCCUGUAAGCAACAAAGUGUCUUACACGCUCUGAAAUAUUACACAUAUUCAUUUUUGACAUUGCCUUGGAAUCAUGUUAAAAUGUGUGGUGAUUUUAUGACUGAGGUACACUUAUAUUAAUGAUUAAUAUUAAUUAAUUAAUAUUGGCUCUGUAAUAUAACUUGGAAAUGGUUCAAAACUGACCCUCCCAAAGAUAGUUAAUCAAAAACCGCUCAUUCAGUUCAGUUGUUUGAACAUAUGUGUUCGAAUUCUGAUGUCAUUUAAGACUCUGUCCUUCCCACCAGUAGACUCACCUUACCUGCUCAUCCUCCCCACUCACCUGUUCCCCCAUCAAGCCUAACCCUAACCAUAUCAACCUUAACCCUAACCCUAACCCUCAUCAGGUCCCAGGUGUAGUUACCGGUCCAUUUUCACUAGCUUUCUGCCACAUCGUAUUUGUCCUGUGUACCUUGGCUUUCUGGUGCUGUCAUUAUUGCCUGCCAGUUUUUGUGUUUAUCCUGAUCUAUUUUAUAAUGUAUCCUGUGUAUUUUGGAUUCUGCCUCAGCCUGAAACCAUUUGUACUUUGUUUGACUGCCUGUUUUUUUUGUGUCCUUGAACAUUUCUAAGUAAAUACUCUUUACCUUUUACAUCUGCCACUGAAGUCAUGUUCUUUGGAUCCUUUUGUCUUUGAACUGUGACAGAAACACAGCUACACAUCGUUUGCAUAUGACUAUUCCUCACAGCUCUGUUUCAUAACAAUGGAUUCUUAAGAAAAAUUCCCAUUUGGAAGGAACUUCUAUUUUUUUCUGUGUCAGAUAAGUAACAGACAGAAAACUUCCAGCAAGUCUGUAUUGUUCCAUUACUGAAUUACUGUAAGGCAUCAACCAAUACUUAUUUUCAUCAUAAUACAUGCAGUAAAUAUUUUCUAUUAUAACUGAU